GGCUUUAACCUUAUACAGUAACGAGUUUAAAAUAUUGGCUUACGUUCUUCAAAAAUAGAGGCAGCAAAAUUUUUACGAUGUUGAAGUUGUGCACAAAACACAAAGAAAAGAAAAUCAACAUUUCAUUUCACAUGAUUGAUGAGACGAGUGCAACAAUUUGAGAAUAUAAUUUAAAUAAAUUCAUCAGAGUACAGUUUUAAUUUACUUUGGGAAAGUUAAAAAGUUCAUCCUUCGAUAUUAUAUAUUGUUUCAAACUAACUUUGUGUUGUAGUUAGUUAAUAAAUAAUAAGUUGUUUGAGUAAAGUUUUUCAAAAUGUCAAGAAUACUCAAUCUAAAGUGGUUUUGGAGCUUGGUAUUAUUUUUAGGACUUUUUAUAGUAAGUUAUGCAAAUGAAGACGUGCCAUUAUCAAAACUUAGCCAAAACGUUGGAACACCAACAUUAAAAUUCCAAUACUGUUAUUCCUGUGGAUACAAGAAAAUGUACGAUCAGUACUCUACAAUAGUAAAUCAGAAGUAUCCUUAUAUACUAGUGGAUGGAGUUAAUUAUGAUCCUCCUGGACUUAACAUGCUCAUAGCAAAAGCACUAGGAUGGAUUAAAAUGGCGUUUAUUCUGUGCAUUCUUGCAAAUAUAAACAUAUUUGAAUACAUAAAUCAACCAAGGCCAUCUUGGUAUGUCUGGUGCACUGAGAAUAGAUUAUAUGCUUGCAUGAUGCUAUUCUUCCUCUGCAAUAUUCUUGAGGGUCAACUAAUUCAGUCCGGAGCGUUUGAAAUAACUCUCAAUGAUGUUCCUGUAUGGUCUAAGCUAGAAACUGGACGUAUUCCUCAGCCUGCAGAACUGUUCCAGAUCAUCGAUAGUCACAUGCAAUUUGAUAGCAAAAUAGAACUGAAUAAUUACGCGAAAUAGUGUUAGGUUAUUUUUGUAAGAUAUGGGAGAUGGAAGUACUGUACAUUGUAGAUUAUUUAGUAACACACUGUUUUCCUUGUUUCUGUAUAUUUCCAUUCAAACUGAUAUAUUUUUGAAUGCAUGAGAUUUGUGACGAUUACCAACCUACCUGUUUAGUGAUUGUAUUCAGUUUUAAUGAUAAAGA